ACCCCUUGGAAAGUACCUACAACAUCUGCACCGUUUGUAACGACUCGUUAUAGAGUGCAAUUCGUAUGCCCCUUGAACAUCUCUUUAUCGAUUGUGACCACGAAGCGGUAUAGAGGAGUUAGAUACGUGACAUUAAGUACUCCAGUCACGGCAGGUCGUCUGGUGAUUGGCGAUGUAUGA